AUAAGAAGAACACAGUAUGGAUCACCUGUAUCCUGCCAUUUGUUUUAAAAACGCAUAAGGUGGGUAAUACCAAGCCUAAACAGCAUUCAGUCCAGUCUAGUCUAGUCCAGAACAAUCAAUAUAAUAAAUGCAGUAAGAUUUCUCCAGGGCUCCAUGGGCAAAAUGCAGGAAGAACAAAUGCAUUAGGGGAAAGGCAGUUCUGUGUGAAUUCCUCUUUCUGUAACCUGCUUAAUUUCACCCAUCAGGCUGAGAGUGCUGGUGUCCUGCAAUGGGUAAACCGCUUUCGGAGGACAGCAGGAAUAAUGAAAUGGUCCACUGUGGUGAUGUGGAGGCAUGUUCACAUCAACUACUCUACAAAUCGCACCCAUGAGCAGCUCUGCCCAGAAAAUGUCAAAAGCGGCCCCCAAGAAGUCAGCAGCCCCUCCCCCACCAGGAUUCUCCCUGGACAUCAACGACCCACAGGUGCAGAAUGCCGCCAUCCGCAUCCAAGCCUCCUACCGUGGACACAGGUCCCGCAAGGAACUGAAAGAGAAGGGCCCCCCACGGGUGCUAGAGAACCUCAAGGAUGUGAUGCUGAUCGAAGGGAGCGCAGCAAAGCUACAAUGCCGCAUCAGUGCCUUUCCAGACCCCUUCAUCCGUUGGUCCAAAGACGGGGUGGAACUCAAGGAUGGGCCAAAGUACCGCUAUGUCUUUGAGGAUCCUGACAUUGUAGCCCUGGUGGUACGUGAUGGUGGCCUUCCUGACCUGGGCAAGUACACCAUCUCUGUGAAGAACCCCUUUGGAGAGUGCUUUGACUCAGCCCGCCUCCUCAUAGAAGUACCUGCCAAAAUCGAGAAGGGCCCCGAUAGCACGAAGGCCAAGAAGGGCAGCACAGUCAACUUGACAGCCCACAUCAGUGGGGAACCAGCACCUGACGUUGGCUGGGCCAAGGAUGGUGAGGAUAUUGAAGAGGAUGACCAUAUAUACUUCAAUAUCGGCAGUGACUCAACAACUCUCACCAUCAAGAAGGUGACGCCGGCUGAUGCUGGGAAGUACGAGGUCUUUGUGGAGAACAGCCUGGGCAUGGACCAGUCCUUUGCGCGCCUCGAUGUGAUCUGAGCUCUUGCCCUCCAUCUGAUUGCUCCCCGCAAAGAAACUCUAUCCUUGCUGCCAAGUACAGUCCAGAAAAUUGCACUGCCUAAUCCUGUGAACUGGCUGGGCAAAAAGAAUGGUGCUCAAAGCUGGGGAAAGCAAGUUAGCCUCUCUCUCUCCCACAAUGGUGCUGUAGGUCUAUGAUGCCCCCUAAGAGGCAAUAGAGUCGUGCAGUUUCUCUCGCUCGCCUGCACUCUCCCACCAAUGCAAUUCUGCCUUCUUGGGGGCAAAAUGCCUUCCCCGACUCAUGGGCAAGUAUUCCCCACCCUGCCUCAGGGCUGAGUCCAUUUCUGGGGCCGGUGGGGCCAUCCCCCUGCCAGUCAACGGCUUUCUGAAGUGCUCCACAGAUGGCAGCAGUCUCCGAAAAGCCUUUGCUGAGGGGCAUUAACAGAGAAUGGCCUUUCCCCAGCACCUCAGCCAGAGUGAACCAUCCCAGGGCCUCCAGACUCUUUCUGACCUGUUUUCUUGCUAUAUGAACUCAAUAAAACAAAUUGAUUAUACAAA